GGCUUUCCUCCCCAGCCCAACGGAGUGCUCCCCGGGCAUCCUCCCAGCCCAACGGAGUCAUGAAGGCGGACCCCGCUCCGUCCUGGAAGCCCGCCGCUGGCCUCUUCUUCUUGGGGCUACUUGGCUUCGCUCUUGCCUCGGAAAGAGCCAUCUACACGAAUCAUUUUUGGGUGGAGGUCGGCAAAGGGGGAGAAGCCGAGGCAAAGCGACUGGCUGCGGAAUAUGGCUAUAGCGGGGUCAGGAAGCUUCCUUUCAUCGAGGGCGGGUACCACUUUUACCACAACGGUUUGUCCAAGGUUCGGCGACGGCGUAGUCUUCAGCAUCAGCUCCGCUUAGAAAAAGACCCCCGGGUAAAAAAGGUUGUCCAGCAAGAAGGUUUCGGGAGAAGGAAACGGGGUUACCGAGACAUCAACGAAAUUGACAUCAACAUGAACGACCCUUUGUUUACAAAGCAAUGGUACUUGAUCAACACAGGGCAAGCAGAUGGGACCCCCGGACUCGAUCUCAACGUGGCGGAAGCCUGGGAGCUGGGCUACACGGGGAAAGGGGUGACGAUAGGCAUUAUGGAUGACGGGAUUGAUUAUCUUCACCCAGAUCUGGCCACAAACUAUAAUGCUCAGGCCAGCUAUGAUUUCAGCAGCAAUGAUCCCUAUCCAUACCCACGCUAUACCGACGAUUGGUUCAACAGUCAUGGAACCCGGUGCGCUGGAGAAGUCUCCGCUGCAGCAAACAACAACAUCUGUGGAGUCGGAGUGGCGUAUAACUCAAAGGUGGCAGGUAUCCGAAUGCUGGAUCAGCCAUUUAUGACAGACAUCAUUGAAGCUUCUUCCAUCAGUCAUAUGCCCCAAAUCAUAGAUAUCUACAGCGCCAGCUGGGGCCCCACUGACAAUGGGAAGACUGUGGAUGGACCAAGAGAACUCACCUUACAAGCCAUGGCAGAUGGGGUCAACAAGGGUCGUGGUGGGAAGGGAAGCAUCUACGUGUGGGCCUCUGGAGACGGCGGAAGUUACGACGACUGCAACUGCGAUGGCUACGCAUCUAGCAUGUGGACCAUUUCCAUCAACUCGGCAAUAAAUGAUGGCCGGACUGCUUUGUAUGACGAAAGCUGCUCCUCGACUUUGGCCUCCACAUUUAGCAACGGGAGGAAGAGAAAUCCGGAAGCCGGUGUGGCUACGACAGAUUUAUACGGCAACUGUACACUACGCCACUCCGGAACGUCUGCAGCGGCACCGGAGGCGGCUGGAGUAUUCGCGCUGGCGCUGGAGGCAAACGUGGACCUGACCUGGAGAGACAUGCAGCAUUUGACGGUCCUCACCUCCAAGAGGAACCAGCUCCACGACGAAGUCCAUCAGUGGCGAAGGAAUGGGGUCGGCCUGGAGUUCAACCACUUGUUUGGCUACGGCGUCCUCGAUGCCGGGGCGAUGGUCAAGAUGGCCAAAGACUGGAAAACGGUUCCCGAAAGGUUCCACUGCGUCGGUGGCUCGAUACAAGAGCCUCGGAAAAUACCAUCCAGCGGCAAGUUGGUUCUGACACUUACAACUGAUGCUUGCGAGGGGAAGGAGAACUUUGUCCGCUAUCUGGAACAUGUUCAGGCAGUCAUCACUGUGAAUUCCACCAGAAGAGGGGAUUUGAACAUCAACAUGACGUCACCGAUGGGAACGAAAUCUAUUUUGCUGAGUCGCCGUCCGAGAGACGAUGACUCCAAAGUGGGCUUUGACAAAUGGCCUUUCAUGACAACACAUUCUUGGGAAGACCCCAGAGGUACUUGGGUCCUAGAAGUCGGGUUUGUAGGUAUCCUGCCUCAGAAGGGAGUCCUGAAAGAGUGGACAUUAAUGCUUCAUGCUCAAAGUGCACCCUAUAUAGACCAAAUAGUAAAAGAUUACCAGUCUAAGUGCAUGUCCAAGAAGGAGGAGCUGGAAGAAGAAUUAGAUGAAGCUGUGGAGAGAAGUUUGAAAAGUAUAUUCAGCAAGAACUAGCACCCAUUUUGCAUGUCGGGCCUCCUUUCCUCUUUUCUUUCUUAAACCUCUCUGUUGGGCACAUGACAGUAAUUGUCUCUAGUUUAUUCUCCUGAGUUCCCGGUUUUACAAUUGUCCAUGUUGUCUUAUUUAAUUACAAUGGAAACUUUUUGAAUUCUGAGCCACAAAUAUACUAUUCCCGACCAACUUCUUUGUUGGAAAGUACGACUGUACCUGUCUUUGUUUGGGGGACUAGGGGAGUGUUUUGUUUUGUUUUUAAGUGUCCUGCAAAAAAAAAAAAAAGUAAUAGAAAACAAA